CCCAAUCGUUCGCUGUCUCUCCGCUGUAGUGCUGGAGGGGAAGCCACUUCUCACCCGCUAGUGGGGAACUUUUUAUUUUUUCCUUCACCCUAAUGUAGUGAGGGGAUUUCAUGCAACUUUUGCUCACAUAUUUUUUUAUAUUAAAAUACCGCAAUUCGGUGCUUUUGCUUUCGUAACUGAUAUUUGUGUGCUGCGUCAUUGUGUUUGUGUAGCAGCCAGGCUCGUGCUUGCGUGUCGGCGUCUUUGUGAAUGGCACCUGCCUGAUGAUACAAGUCGUAGCCCCUUGCAAGCCACGAGGACAAAGACUGAGCAGCCAAAGGUGUCUGUGGUGACGUCUGCUCGGUUAUUGUAGGCGACCAUGGAACACCAGGGACCAGACACCUCAACCCCCGGAAUGGCAGAAGGCAACGGGACCGGAGCCCCGGAGGAGGCGAAGCAGCGCUGCCCACUGUGCCCCUUUGCCUGCGACUCUAUCGACGAGAUCAACAAGCAUGUGGCCCUGCAUCAGCAGCAACAGCAGGCAGUGGUGGCCGCAGCAUGUGGAAUGUGCGAGGGCCCCAAGGAGGUGACGCUGUAUGGGUGUGGGGUAUGCGCCAAGGCGUUUGCCCUGAAAGAGGAGCUGGACGAGCACAUGCAGAGCCACGCCAGCCGCCUGUUCAGCUGUGCAGUGUGUGGUGCGAUAUUCGUGGAUAAGGACCACUUGGACGGUCACAUGCGCACGCACGAGGUGUUUAGUUACGGCGGCGCCCCAGGUGGCGGUGGUAAGCCCUUUGUUUGCUCUUCCUCUGCGGUGGCAGCGGAGGACAGGCGGGCCAAGAAGCGGCCCUUCAUCUGCCCCACGUGCGGAAAGGCGUUUCGGCGCAAAGAGCACGUAGAGAGGCACAUGAAGAUGCACACGGGGGAACGUAACUUUGUCUGUUCCACGUGCGGCAAGUCGUUUAGUCAGAAGGUACACUUAGAGAAUCAUGUGCGGAUACACACCGGCGAACGUCCGUUCAGCUGCCAUGUGUGCGGCAAGGCCUUCCGGCGCAAGGAACACAUCGGUCGGCACAUGAAGAUACAUACAGAGGCCAAGUUGACAACCGACGCUGAGGGCAAGAUGGUCGUCCGCGUGCAGAAGGCUCCCACGGUGACGGCCGUCCCAGAGACAACCACCCAUCGGUGUCCCCUCUGCCCCUUUGCAACGACGUCCGUGAAUGACUUCUGCAAGCACGUUGUGCUUCAUGCAGAGGGCCGUUCUAACUGUACCGUCUGUGACAAAAAAGAAGGCAUGGAAGCUUUGGAAGCCCCCAAGGCCCAGAGCACCCUCGUUGCAGCAAACCCACCGUCUCCCCAGCGGUGCAACGUGUGCGGAGAGACGUUUGCGGAUGCCACCAGCUUGCAGUGCCACAUGAGGAGUCACGCAGACACCCAGCUGCUGUGGAGCUGCUCUUUCUGUGGCCUCGUGUUUAGCCAGAAGAACCAGCUGGACGCCCACGUGCAGAGCCACGUGGUGACCGAGCGGCUGCCCACGGCCACCGUGGCCACGACCGUGGCCGCCUGGCCGCUCAAGGUGGGAGCAGACCCAUCCAAGCCCAAGGAACGGCCGUACACGUGCCCCACCUGCGGCAAGACCUUCUGUCAGAAAGCGCACCUGGAGAAUCACUUGCGAAUCCAUACCGGGGAGCGGCCGUUCAGUUGCACCAUCUGUGGGAAGGCGUUUCGGCGGAAAGAGCACAUCGGCAGGCACAUGCGUAUCCACACGGGCGAGCGGCCCUUCUGCUGCCCACACUGUGGCAAGCGGUUCAGCCAGAAGGUGCACCUGGAAAGCCACGUCCGGAUUCACACCGGGGAGCGGCCCUUCAGCUGCUCUGCCUGCGGCAAGACCUUCACGCGCAAGGAGCACAUUGAGCGGCACAUCAAGACGCACACUGGGGAGAGGAUGUUUGUUUGCUCGUCCUGCGGAAAAUCCUUCAACCAGAAGGCGCACUUGGAGAGCCACAUGAGGACGCACACCGGCGAACGGCCCUUCAACUGCUCGCCCUGCGGGAAGACGUUCAGGCAGAAAGUGCAGCUCGACAGACACAGCCGUACCCAUGCACCACAGCAGCCGCAGCAGCAACUGACGAUGACCUGCACGGAGGAACAGCAGCAGCAACAACAACAGCAGCAGCAGAGAAUCCCGCUUUGCAUUCCUGGUUGCCCAACGUGCGGCAAGACUUUCUGCUGCCACCUGGAGCCGCAACUGAACAUUCGUAAUCUCUUAGGUGAGGCAGCAGCUGCUCAGCAGCAGCAGCAGCAGCAACAACAGCAGGCAGCAGCGGCUGCCCAGCAGCAGACACAGCAGUGCACAGUGCAAGUGGAAGCAGUCAGCAAGGCCAUGUGAUUGGUCGCCAGCCUGUCUCCCCUUUGGUCUCUCUCUCUCUGCGGGUUCUGUGGUGGUGUACCUACUUGCUUUGAUUCUCAGUGUAAAGUUAACAUUUCUCCAUUGUCCAUUUUUAGCUUGUUUCUCAGCACAAUAAAGGCGACGUUUGACAGA